AUGGCGAGUGACGAGCUCCCUCCCUAUUCACAGAUGAUACUAGAAGCUGUUGAUGCACUCAAGCAUCCAGAUGGUGUGCCCCAAUCAUCCAUAUCUGACUACAUCGAGUCUAAGUACGGCCAGAUAUUGCCCCCUGAGCAUGAAGACUCCCUUGCCACCCACCUGGCCCAGAUGAAGGACACUGGCAACCUUGUUCUUGCCAACAAUGGCGGCUACCUCAGGCCCACUGGAUCUGAAUCUCAGUCGGCCCCUCCCAAGCGGGGCCGUGGCCGCCCACCGAAGCCCAAGGAUCCUCUUGCUCCAGCAGCUGCUUCCCCUGCCAACCCGGCCCGCCCUAGGGGGCGCCCCCCGGGCAAGGCUCAUUCUGCCGAUGCAGAGCCUGCUGCCAAGAAGCCGAAGCCUGCAGCUAGCUCGAGUGGGAGGCCAAGAGGGAGGCCGAAGAAGGUGAAACCGGCCGGGGCUGUGGAGACCGGCAUCAAGGCUUGA